UGCUGUUUGGAGGGAGGGAAAGCAAAGCAGAGGAAAAGGCAGGAGAUGCAAUUCCUCCCCUUUAAGACUGCCUGGUUACGGUCCUGGGAAAGAAAACCCCUGCAUUCCUCCCCUUUAAUUCGGUUUAUUGUUAAGGCACUGGAGCAGCUAGUCCUCACAGACCUGUGGGAGCUGGAGUAGGAGCACCAGGAGCACCAUCCCUUCUGCGUGUCCGGCUUCCCCCAAAGCUUCAACUCUGGAGGCGAUGGGUCGAAAGGAAGAUGAUGACUGCAGCUCCUGGAAGAAACAGACCACGAACAUCCGGAAAACCUUCAUCUUCAUGGAAGUGCUGGGAUCAGGAGCUUUUUCAGAAGUUUUCCUGGUGAAGCAAAGGCUGACGGGGAAGCUCUUUGCCCUGAAGUGCAUCAAGAAGUCACCUGCCUUCCGGGACAGCAGUCUGGAGAACGAGAUUGCCGUGUUGAAAAAGAUCAAGCAUGAAAACAUCGUGACCCUAGAGGACAUCUACGAGAGCACCACUCACUACUACUUGGUCAUGCAGCUUGUUUCUGGCGGGGAACUCUUUGACCGGAUCCUGGAGCGGGGUGUCUACACAGAGAAGGAUGCCAGCCUGGUGAUCCAGCAGGUCUUGUCAGCAGUGAAAUACCUCCACGAGAAUGGCAUCGUCCACAGAGACUUAAAGCCUGAAAACUUGCUGUACCUAACCCCUGAAGAGAACUCUAAGAUCAUGAUCACAGACUUUGGUCUGUCCAAGAUGGAACAGAGUGGAGUCAUGUCCACUGCUUGUGGGACCCCAGGCUAUGUGGCUCCGGAAGUGUUGGCCCAGAAACCCUACAGCAAGGCUGUGGAUUGCUGGUCCAUUGGCGUCAUCACUUACAUAUUGUUGUGUGGGUAUCCCCCCUUCUAUGAAGAAACGGAGUCGAAGCUCUUCGAGAAGAUCAAGGAGGGCUACUAUGAAUUUGAGUCUCCAUUCUGGGAUGACAUUUCUGAGUCAGCUAAGGAUUUUAUUUGCCACCUGCUGGAGAAGGACCCGAAUGAACGGUAUACCUGCGAGAAGGCCUUGAGGCACCCGUGGAUUGAUGGGAACACAGCCCUCCACCGGGACAUCUACCCGUCAGUCAGUCUCCAGAUCCAGAAGAACUUUGCCAAGAGCAAGUGGAGGCAAGCCUUCAACGCGGCCGCUGUGGUCCACCACAUGAGGAAGCUACACAUGAACCUGCACAGCCCAGGCCUCCGCCCGGAGGUGGAAAACAGGCCACCCAGCACCCCAGUCUCAGAAGCCUCGAGAUCCGGCUCCUCCGAGAUCACCGUCCCCGAGGCCCCGGCCCUGGAUCAGAGUGCGGCCCUUCCCGCCCUGACACGGCUGCCCUGCCAGCUCGGCGCCCGGCCGGCGGCCCCCGGGGGCCGGUCCCUCAACUGCCUGGUCAACGGCUCGCUCCGCAUCAGCAGCAGCCUGGUGCCCAUGCAGCAGGGGCCCCUGGCCGCCGGGCCCUGCGGCUGCUGCUCCAGCUGCCUGAGCAUCGGGGGCAAAGGGAAGUCCUCCUACAGCUCCGAGCCCGCCCUGCUCAAAAAAGCCAACAAGAAACAGAACUACAAAUCAGAGGUCAUGGUGCCAGUUAAAGCGGGUGGCGGUUCCCACUGCCGGGCGGGGCAGACUGGAGUCUGUCUCAUUAUGUGAUCCCUGGAGCCCGCGUCUGGGUCGAUUUUCAGGAGAGGCACGCGACUCUUCUCUGCCUUCCCAGCCCGGUGUCCACCCUGCAACGGGAGGAAGGCGAGACGGGCAGAGCAGGGCCUGGCGGGAGUGGGUGACGGUGAGAAACAGCAGGCGGCUGCCGCCUGGGGCAGACCCUUCCAGAAGGCCCAGGAGCGAGCCCCCAAGGCGCGGAGGCCUCGUUGAAGCUGUGGGCAGGAGGAGCCGGCGGUCACCCACCCCCCGGGGUCUCCCUGGCCUGCCUGCUCUGUGCCCCCAACACCCUACGUGCCGUGGCUCUGUGCAGUGAACUAGGUAGCUCUCGCCCGGGUCUGUGUCGUUUGUGAUGAAAAGCUUCCUGGGCUGGCCAGGCUGUGUCACCUUCUCUGAGCAAAGCCAUAUGGAGCCUCAACCCCCGACUCCUGCUCAGCACAUGCUCCUGCCUCGAGGCCUUGAUGCCCGUGGCCAGCACGGGCUCAUUAAGGUAGUCGCCUGCCCAUCUGCAUGAAUGGCCAGGGGCUCCUGCUCUGCCUAUGAGCUCUCAAGUUCCAGUCCUUGACUCCAUGAUCAGAUCCAACUGGCCCAGCACACCUCCCUCCCUGCCCCAGGCCAAAAGCAGUACCACAGCCUUCCAGAUGGAAAAGAAAGAAAUCAGUGAUGAGGGGCUGUAAGGAAUUCUCAUCCUGGCGGGAUGCCUCACCCACACCCGAUUAAGUAAAAGUUGGAAGUUGACUGUUUCCAUUUCAGCUGGUAAUUUUCAUCCUGCUUCUGCUCUUCUCUCCCAGAAAAUCAGAAACAUUCUUGUCCCUCCCUCGUUUUCAUGUACCCCCGUCCCCUCCAGCUUCACGUUCGGUGUUGUGCUCAAUAAAAUGGACAUAU